CUGAAGCUCACAAAUCAGUCUAGGUGAGCACCAAGGGCACAAGAGGAGGAUCGAGGAAGCUGACACUCCAGCUAUGAAGAACAAGCAAAUGCUGAGACCUUUUGCAGCAAUUCUCCUUUUCACUGUUCUUGUAACAGCCAAUGCUGAAAGCCAUCUUCUAGUUAAAUCAAAAUGUAAGUGCCUGACUGUGACAUCCAAAACAGUUGUUACCAAAUUGCCUACUGGUGAACGUGUGGAGCAGCUUAUGAGAGAUAUAAGAAUUAUCGUUCCUAUGAGGAGCAGAGUGAACAUGUCAGAUCCAACUUCCCCUAUUCGGACGAAGUUCGUCUACAAGAUUUCUGAUUUCUGCAAGAACUGCAACCAAGAACGAACCUUGCCUGGAGAACCCGAGUGCAAGCCCCCACCUCCUUCUGCAGAUACCUGUUACAGCCGUCCCAGCACAUGCCUGCACCAAACAAUCGACAUGGGAAAUGGCAUAAAAAUGGACGCUAUUCAGAAUCCUGAGUGUCUCAACUAUAAACCAAAACACUGGAUCCCAAAGCCUACACUGACUCCUAUUGAAACUACACGAGAUUUUGAUUCCAUGUCAGAUGCUCCUUAGGUUGUUCUUCAAAGAACUGCAUUUAAUUCUUCAGAGAAUGUCAUUAGUACAUUUUCUACUUUGACAUUGUCACUUUUGCUUUUUGUCAUCCCUAAACAGAUCAUAAAAUGCUUCAUAGCUUCAAAGCAUGUUUUGUGCAAAUCCUUUUCUUUACAUUACAGCAUCGUGUGCAAUAUGCCAAUUUGCUUCUCUCUUUUGGGGACAAACAAAAUUAAGCCAAUGGAUAAAUCUGGCAGACUACCACUUAAUAAGUUUUGUACAAAAAGGAAUUGCAGAAGUAUAUGAAUAUCUAGCACUGAAUUCUGUGGUCAGCAUGCAGCAAUAACAAUAACUAUUCUAGGAAAUCAAAGGCAGAUGAUGUCUUUAGCAGUCUGACCACAUUCAAUAAUUCUUGUAGGCAACAAAAAAGUGGUGCACUUUUUGAGAAAUAUUUCAAACUAAACACAGAGCAAAGCUACAUUAUUACAUAAGCAUAGUAUAGGUGAAGUUUAAUAAACAUUUUUAAAA